AUGACGGUGGAUAAACUCCAAACCGAACUUCCUCAAAAAUAUUACGAGUUCAUCUUCGAUGAAUCGGAUGGGGAUUCGGAGUCGACUCCAUGUGGUGAAUUCGAGAUCAAUGAAGCCGACUUUUUCCCCGAUUUUCAGGUGCAGAAUGGAUGUAGGUUUAGAUUUUUGCUUCUUGUUUUGCAUUUAGGUCGCAUAUCCACUGUUGUUUAUUAGUUCAAGAUGAAGUUUGGAGUGUGGUUUGGCUAAAUAGGAGAAGGUACUCUUCUAUUCCGUUAAUUUCAGUCGGAACGAAAUGUUUUGACCAUCCGAGCCUGCCCUUCCGUCGAUUGGAACGUCACAUUCGCCGGGAGAUCAGUUUGUUCGGCGGAUCGACCCCUUUCCCCGGAGCUUCAACCCCGUUGCCAGGCUGGAGCACUCCCCGACCACCCAGUUCUAAUUCCCCGCCAGGUUCGACUCCUUUAUACGACUCCGGGAUUCAAAUCGACAAUUCGGAUGGGUCAGUUCAUGUGGUAAACAAAGAGUUUGAAGAAUUGCGGAACAAGCUGAAUGAGGAGAUGAGGGCUUGCGAUGAUAUGCUUUGUCAGGAGUAUGAAGUGGAGAAUUGGAAGAAGUUCUUUCAAAUUAUCGACGAUUCCAAUACAAUUCAGGUAAUAUUUUUGUUUCUUUUUCUUCUGUUUUAGGUGAUCUUUUCAAGAAGUCAGACGCGUUAGUCCUUUGACUUUUGGAAUAUUUGGCUUGAUGUAGUUGCAGAGCCAUCUUACCUUUGGCGCUUUUAGGAGAUCUAUGUCGAAUCCAAGGAAUCUCGUCCAAUUAUCAAGGAUGGGCCGCGUCAACGUUAUCAGCGCUUCAGAGAGAAAGCGUUUGUCUGCGACGUCUGCGAUCAUUGGUUUACUUUGAAACAAAAUGUCCAAAUGCACAUAUUCAAUUACCACAUGGGACCGAAUACUGUUAAGCCCAGAAGGGGGAAACGGUACAAGUGUACGAAGUGCGAGCAGGUAAGGAGCUUAGCAUAGGAUAUGAUUACAUUAUUUUAGGUGGUAAAAAUUGGUUUUAUGAUUUUAGGUACCAAAUUUUUGACAUAUUGUUGUAGACACUUUGACAUGUCUUAUAUCUUUUCAGAUGUUCAAAUCGUUGUCACAAGCCCAGAAACAUGAACGUCGGAUGCAUAAGGAGAAGAUUCGUCAAAUGUUUUUCCGCUGCGAGGAAUGCGGAAAGGUUUAUCAAACAGCCUCUCAAUUACGUGAACAUGUCUCAAUAAUGCAUCUAAAUGAACGACCAUUCAAGUGCGAACAGUGUGAUGCGGCUUUUGGACGACGAGGGGGAUUGAGAAGACAUAUUGUGAUGGUCCACACUGGGCACACUUAUAAAUGCCCGAUCGAUGGAUGCGAACAUCCCGGAUACAAAUGUUCCAAAGUAAGAAGACUGUUUUUAUUAGUGGAGUUUUCGUUUUUAGGCAUUGGCUGCUCAUAUCAGAUCGGUUCACACCAAGGACCGCCCGUUUGUUUGCUUGAUGUGCGAGAAGUCGUUUGUCAGAAAGAAUGACCUGAAAAUGCAUGAAUUUACUCAUGGAAACGGUGCCAGCUUCGAGUGCGAGUUGUGUGGAGAGAGUUUCAAACGAGCGGUUUAUAGGAAGAAACAUCAGGCAGGUUGAUUUGAAUUUUUUGAUCUAUUUUGUUUAGGUUGAGGAAUAAAUUACGGUCAUUGUUUAGGUCCACUGUAUGCAAAAAUUGGAGAGGGCCAAGGAACUCGGAAUUGAUCCCAAGGAGCUCAGAAAGUUUGAGAACGCUCAAAAGAAACAGGUAGAUUUUGUUUUUAUUUUAUUUUUUUUGUUGUUGUUUUAGGGAAUCUGUGAUAUUCGAUUGAAAUUUAUUCAUUUUUCUUUCCAUUUCAGACGGAUUGCACUCCUAGCCCAAGCAAAUCUUCUAGGAAGGAUCGGAGUCGCCAUUCGUCAUCACCACAGCCGGGCCCGAGCAGAUCAAAGUCGUCGAAGAAGAAGGGUCAAGGAGAGGAUAAAGUGGUCAAAAAGGAAAGGAAGUCGGCCAAGAGGAGUAAUAAGAAGGUUGGAAGCAAGCUGGAGGAGUCGGUGAAGAAGAUUAAAAAGCUGAAAAGAGAACAGAAGAAACGAGAGAAGGAGGAACGAUCGACCACAAAGAGCACGCUGAAGAAAGAGGAGAAAAGGAAGGACGGAUUGGAGAAUGUGAACAAGAUUCAUCUGGAUGAAGAUGAUUUUGAGAAGGGAGAAGAUGAAUCGAUUGUGGUAAACAAGGAACAAGUUGAUUCGAGGGAGGAAAAAGUGGUUGUUAAGGAAGAAGAUGUUGUAAUAGAAGGUCAAGUCGAAUUGGAAGUAGAGAAUGAGGUGAAGGAGGUGGAGGAUGGGGAAUUGGUAGGUUGGGUGUUCAGAGGGUUGAUUAAGGGAUUUGAGUGGGAAAAUAUGACUUUCCCAUAGUCUUUUGAAAAUAAUGUCUUUUUGGUUUUUAUGACUUUUAGUUUGUACAAUAUUACAGUGGGGGACCUGAUCCAGUGGCAAAAAAAUGUACCAUUUUGCAUCCGGGAAGUAUCAAAAAUGUGGCAAAAUGCUUCCCUCUCCAAGUGGAAAAACUCCGAUUUCAAAAGCGCGUCCGCUCUUUUUGUGAUGGAAAGGGAGCUCCCUUCAAAACUGAGUUUUUUUCACUUUGGAAAGGGAAGCAUUUUGCCACAUUUUUGAUACUUCUCGGAUGCAAAAUGAUACGUUUUUUACCUCUGGAUCAGGUCCCACUGUAACUCCUGUUUUAUUAUUAUUUUUUAAUUUUCAGAUUAGCGAUGGAGAAUACUCUUCGAAGAAUCAACCGGCAGACGGUUAUAGUCCCAAAAAACGAAGAAUAAAAGAGGAAGUUGAUUAUGAUGAAGAUUAUAAAAGAAGAAGAAAUGAUUAUGAAGAUGCGGGGGAAAGAAGCGGAGAGAGAAAGAGUGUCAGACAAUAUAGAGAAGACAGAGAUAGAAAUGAACGACAUAAGGUGAGAAAUUAAUUUUUUUUAUUUGCAGGAAACAGGUCUAAUUUUUUGAUUGAAAUAAUGACUAUUUUGCAGGAAUCUCAUCAUAAACCGGAACACCGUGACAAACGCCGAGAAGACAGAGAAAAGGCCAAGAGAUACGAACGAUUGGAAAGAAAUGUCCGGCAUCUACUGUAUUAG